UUCAAGUUUUCUCAGAUUUUACAAAGCAAAAGCAAUUUCUCAAACUAUAAAGAAAAUGGCCUCCCAUGAUCAGAGCUACAGAGCUGGUGAAACCAAGGGUCGAGCAGAGGAGAAAACGGACCAGACAAUGGGAACCAUGAGGGAGAAGGCGGAAGCGGCAAAGGACAAGACAUCAGAGAAAUCCCAACAAGCAAAGGACAAGACCUCAGAGACAACCCAAGCAGCCAAAGAGAAGACCUCAAGCACUGCCCAAUCGGCCAAGGAAAAGGCGGCAGAAGCAGCGGAGACUGGCAAGCAGAAGGCGGCGGAGGCGGCGCAAGCGGCCCGCGAGAAGGCGCAGGCCGGGAAGGAGAAGACCGGCGGGGUGCUGCAGAAGACUGGAGAGCAGGUGAAGCAGAUGGCGCAAGGUGCAGCUGAUGCGGUGAAGCAUACAUUGGGGAUGGGCAAAGAUAAUAAUAAUAGUAAUGCUGUUGAGGAUGAUACUCUCAAUAAGCAGCAGCAGCAGCAGCAGGGUCAGGGGUACAAUAAGGACUAGUUUGGAAGGCUUUUGCCUGCAGCUUGUCUUUUGUUAUGUUAUCUCAAGUGUUUAUUUUGUUGUUGGGCAUGUUCUUAUCAAAAGUCCUUUACUACUACUCCCAUUUAGUGAAAGGGAGUGUUGUAUUUGUUUUUUUUUUUUUUUAAUGUGAUUUCUGCUUUAAAUUAAAGAAAUGCAAUGGGGGCAUUUGUCUCA